AUGCUACCCCAGUUUCAUUUGCCCAAAAAGAAACGGGUAUAUAAAGGUGGUAAUAGAUCCCAUACUUUGGUGAUUUGUUUACUCUGCAAAGACAACCUCAACAAAAGUAUGAAAUUAUACACUGCUCCAACUGGAAAUGGUCGUAAACCAUUGAUUUUUUUACAUAUCUUAGAUGUUCCAAAUGAAAUCCACAUGUUUGAUUGGCCCACUAAGGAAAUCAAGGAGAAUUGGUAUCUUGAAUUAAACCCUCAUGGCCUUGUUCCAACUUUAGUUGAUGGUGAUGUAACAUUAUGUGAAAGUAAUGCUAUUUUGCAAUAUCUUGCUGAUAAUUAUGAUACCGAGAACAAGUUUAGUUACCCAAGCACUGAUCCAUUGUAUUGGCAACAAUUGAGAUGGUUAUUCUACCAGUCAACCCAAUUCAGCGAUGCCUUGUCUAGAUUAUUCUUUUACAAAAAGUUUCGCAGUGACGAUCAAUGGUUAGUCGACAAAGGGUUUGAACAAAUUCGCAAAGUUUAUCAGGUUUUGGAUUCACAUUUGGCGCAAAGAAAAUGGUUUGUUGGUGAUAAAUUCACAAUAGCUGACUUGGCUUUUGCCGUUGGGCAUUUCCGUCGUAUUGAAAAAACAACAGGGACCAAAUUUGAGAUUGAAAAUUUUGAAGAAAAGUACCCUCAUGUGACUCAAUGGUAUAAUGAUGUUUUGUCCAUUGAAGGCAUCAAAGAAGGAUUUGAAUUGAAAUAA